AUGGCAAAAGGAAUGGGGCUGAUGGCCCUUAUUGUUGUUCUUGUCCUCCUUAAUCAAACUUGCAAUACCAACACUACGGCUGUGGUUCACUGUCGUCCUUCUUCCUGCGGCUCCAUCCUUAACAUAAGCUAUCCGUUUCAAUUAAUGAGCGAUCCAAAAAACUGCGGCAAUCAAAGAUAUAAUCUUUCAUGUGAGAACAACCAAACACUAGUGUUACACUUAUAUGAUGGAAGAUACUACGUACGACAAAUCAAUUACACCAACAACACAAUCAGAGUUGUAGACCCAGGUAUUGGACUCAACGCUAAUGAGUACUACUCCUUCAUCCCUCAUUAUUCUCUGGACCAAACUAAUUUCAGUUUAGGGGAUCCAUAUCGAACAACAUUUUUGGUUGGAAUGAUUUUCGUGAAAUGUGAAAAGCCAGUGAAUUCCCGGUAUCAUCUAAACAUUUCUGCUUGCAUUGAAGAUGGAGUGUAUCCCAAUUCCAAGAGGUAUACAUAUGCUCUAUUCGGGUAUGAGCGUGCUGCAGUGGAGUUGGGAGACUUGUGCCAAGUAGAGCAAAUAUCUUUCAUAUCCUAUUCAGAUCGUUAUUAUUAUGAUGACUUGAGAAAUAUUUCCUGUACAGACUUCCACAAUGAAUUGCUACGGGGUUUUGAGCUUUCCUGGUACCAAUCUGGACUGUUCCAAGCAACAAAAAUGAUAUUGGGGACUCUAUUUGUGAUUGCGUUCUUGAUACAUAAAUGGAAUAGGAGGCAUUUAUCCAUGUAUGAUGAUGUCGAAGAAUUUCUACAAAGUCACAAUAACCUCAUGCUAAUAAGGUACUCUUAUUCCGAAAUUAAGAAGAUUACCAAAAGUUUCAAGGAGAAAUUGGGUGAAGGAGGUUAUGGCACUGUAUUUAAAGGAACACUUCGAAGUGGUCGUCUUGUGGCUAUAAAGAUAUUAGGUAAGUCUAAAGCUAACGGACAAGAUUUUAUAAGCGAAGUUGCAACCAUUGGAAUGAUUCACCAUGUUAAUGUAGUGCAACUCAUUGGUUUUUGCGUUGAAGGAUCGAAACGGGCUCUUGUAUAUGAGUUCAUGCCUAAUGGUUCCCUAAAUACAUACAUAUUUUUGUCAGAAGUACGCACGCUCCUAAGCUAUGAACAAAUGUUUGAUAUAGCUCUAGGAGUGGCUCGUGGGAUUGAAUAUUUACAUAAAGGAUGUGACAUGCAAAUUUUACAUUUUGAUAUCAAGCCUCACAACAUUCUUCUUGAUGAAAGUUUUACUCCCAAGGUUUCUGACUUUGGACUAGCAAAAUUAUAUCCAGUAAAUGAUAGCAUUGUUUCUUUGACUGCUGCAAGAGGGACAUUAGGAUACAUGGCUCCUGAGUUGUUCUACAAAAAUAUUGGAGGCGUCUCAUACAAAGCUGAUAUUUAUAGUUUUGGAAUGUUAUUGAUGGAAAUGGCCGGUAGAAGAAAGAACGUAAAUGCAUUUGCAGAACACUCAAGCCAAAUAUACUUCCCUACUUGGGUUUAUGACCAAUUGCAAAAUGGAAACGACGUAGAAAUAUUGGAAGACGCCACCGAAGAGGAAAAGAAAAUGGGCAAGAAGAUGAUCAUUGUUGCAUUAUGGUGUAUACAAAUGAAGCCUAACGAUCGCCCUUCAAUGAACAAAGUCGUUCAAAUGCUUGAAAGAAAAGUUGAAUGCUUACAAAUGCCUUCCAAGCCUUUCCUCUCAUCGCUGGACGAAACCAUAAUAGGUGGUGGAGAGAAUUCGAACCAAUCAAAUGAGUCAAGUCAAUCAUCUCAAUUUUAAAUGCAAAUUAAUUUAUGUACG